AUAUCAAGCAUUAUGGGUUCUCAGAUUUGCCAAAACGUGUAGCCCUCUCACGAAGAAUAAAUUACGCAGGAGAGGAGAAUCAAAUUUAAUAUCCAUCACCCUCCUCAAAUACAUAAACCAUAACCUAUACUAAAGUUACUGUUCCCUGAAGAAAACACUUAGAUUGAGAAAGAACGAAUGAAUUCUUUGCCCAAACAAAAUUCUUCAGACAAUACUCUCACUAAACAGGAAUUAAAAGGAAAUAAAAAUGAGCCUUCAGACUUUAAUUUAGCAAAUGCUUUAAAUGAUCAAUUGGAUCUCCAAAAUAAUUCAAAAGACGAUUCGAAUAGUGGAUUACAAGACGGUAUUACCAAUUAUUUAUUUUAUAGUCAAACACAAAUCUAUUUUAAAGAAUAAAGCAAUGGUUGGAUCGAACUCUUUCAGUUCCAAGGAAGUUCAGAAAGACAAUGAGUCUAUUGGAUCCCAAAGAUCAAUUAAAAAGGUCACCUUCGAUAAAAAAUAAAAGGUUAUCUACAGUAGUUUUAGAAAACCUAAAGCCUGA